ACUCCAAAUAGAGAAAAAUUACCAGAAUAACACAUACACCAACAUAGGUCACACAGUGAACAGAACCAACAGUAUUUAGGUGCAGAAAGUGAAAUUGAAAGGCAAUCGUUGAAAUAUAAACUUACAGUAGAAAUAACUCAAAAGAUUGUGUUAUUGCAGUCAUCUAUCACCAGAAAACAGGAUGCCGACAUUUUGCGAGCAAAUUUCCGAGGAAGAUGACGAGGAAUCCUCGUCCAGCUGCGGAGGCAGGGUUUUAAGGAAAGGAUCAACUGAUGAUGAAACAUGUGAAACUGAUCACGCAAAAGAUCGCUCAUCUAGUCCUCUGAGUGAUCCAGACGAUCGCAAGAUCAAAAACGGUCCGAAACCCUCGAAUAAUCCUGAUGUGAACUUCAACAGCCCUGAUGUAAAAUCUAAGAAUGGUUCCAAGAAUGCUCCUGAUGUUGUUAAUGAUUAUGAAAAGGAAGAGGAGGAUAAAAUUAUGGAUCUCUCCCCACCAUUUCCAAUGUCAAGAAGUUUUUCUCGGAUUCGGACUGAGAGUGAAUGCAGCAGUUCUUCAGAUUUAGAUGUUCAGCCCCUUGGUUUAGAGGAUAUAAUUUUCAAUAGUGGAUAUCAGAGUUGUAAAGCAGGGAAUGGGAAACUUUUUAUAAGCAGUAGCGGGGAAGGAGAAGACGACUUUCAUUAUUCUCCUACGGAGCGAGGACGCUUCUUCACAACUGCAGCUAAGGAUAGGCUGAAGAAAAAGUCGGAAAGCCGGGGUCAGAGAAACUGGCGGCGUGCACUGCGCCUGAUCAAGGAUCGUGGCGAUCCUUGGGAGAAGUUUGGAUUGGACUCACUUCGAUCUGAAAAGGGGAUUAGACACAGGUACAAUCCAGUGACCCAGGAGUGGUUAAAAGAUGAGUGCGUGCUCAAGAUUGAUAAAAUACCAUUCGCUCACGGAGCAAUGCGAGAGUGCUUUAGGAUGAAGAAACUUUCAAACUUUUCCCACAGCAACGAUUGGUUGAGGGAUUCUAACAAUUAUGUAGCUAAGCGGUACAUGUACGAUGAUGUACGGGAAAACUACUUUCAGGAUGUUCAACUACAAAUGGAUGCUAAACUUUGGGGGGAAGAAUUCAAUCGACAUAAUCCGCCGAAAAAGGUUGAUAUAUUUAUGAUGGCGGUCAUUGAGCUCCCGGACCGACCCGGGAGACCUCUUUUCCAUGUCGAACAUUACAUAGAGGGAGAGUACGUGAAGUACAACUCGAACAGCGGUUUCGUGGAUGCGGUCGGGGGGAACUGUAGACAAACACCUCAGGCCUUCAGUCAUUUUACCUUUGAGAGAUCUGGCCAUCAGCUGAUGGUUGUUGAUGUACAGGGUGUAGGUGAUCUGUAUACUGAUCCACAGAUCCAUACUGCACAAGGAGAUCAGUACGGAGAUGGUAAUCUAGGAACCAGAGGGAUGGCGCUCUUCUUUCAUUCUCACAAGUGCAACAGUAUCUGUGAGAGCCUUGGAUUAACACAGUUUGAUAUUUCAAGCAAAGAGAUAAUUAAUAUCUCAGCUGGUAUCCCUGAUAGUGUAUCCAGUGAGACCCAUGUUCGUCUGGAGGAUGUAAUGAUUUGUGAGUCUCCUUCGAACUUUGAGAAAACUGAUUUCAGAAAAUUUUUCCGUGAGAGAUCUGGAUCUUGUGGGUUCAUCGAUCAUGAUCGGCAGAGUCUUGGCAGAUCCAUUUCUUUACUCUCAGACUUCAGCCAUAAUUCAUCAAGGAACCAUUCAGAGUGCGAGGGUAACUCUGUUCACUUCAAUAUGGAGACUGAAGAAGAUGAGGAGUAUGAGGAUAACGCGGAGAGUGACAUCAGUGAAGUCAAGGAGCGUCAAGUGAACUUUCACCAUUUCCCGCGUUUGCCACGUGUUCAACAGCUGGGGGAUACAGAAACAUCCACCGAUAGUGGGGUUGUUUUGCCCAGACGCAGGCAAAGAAUGAUCACCGAAUGUUUAGAGGAGUGGGAUGGAGCCCACGGAGAUAGACUUAGAGCCAAUUUUGAUCAACAAUCUAGGCCCAGCUGUGUUAGUGCUGAAAUGAACCAGGAGAAGAUAGAAGGAGCUGAAUCUAUUCUUGGACAAAUCCAUCUGGAUCUGGCCAAGUAUCAUGAGUCCGGCAGGUUUGAUGAAGCGGAAUUAGAUGUACAGUCAGCAAUCUUUCAUCUUAAAGCAUCUGCUGAUUGCGGGAAUAUGGCAGCUGUUAUAGCUGUAUCCCAGCUGUAUACUGGACUCCCUAAUGAUAUUCUGUCGGGUCUGGACUCUGUGGAUCUAUCAGAAUAUGUUGAAGGAGAGAUUCAAGAUAUUGGUUUGGAUUAUAUGACCCAGGCUGCUAGGAUGGGAGACCCUGGGUCAGCUUUAUACCUGGCUAAAGCAUAUGAUUCAGGGCUAAACCUAGGCUCCGAUAGACAGGCAAGUGCGGCGGAGGCAGUUAAAUGGUUUAAAGUUGCACUGAAUAAUGGGGCGGAGCAACCUUAUCUAAUCCAGGCUAGAUUGGCGGAGCUCCUCCUGAAAGGGGCGGAAGGAGUAGAGAGGGACCCGGGAGCAGCAGCUGAAAUGUAUUCUGAAGCUGCUGAAGCUGCUAUGGAGGAUAUGAAGGGAAAGCUUGCUAGCAAGUUUUAUAUUCUUGCUGAGGAAGCAGGGGCAGAAGUUGAAGAAGUAGAAGAGGCCAAAGAAGCAGAAGAAUAAAAAGAGAAUAAUAAUAUAAGAAUUGUUAAGGAAAAAGACGGGAGAUAAUAAAAAAUCGAUGUGUGCAUUGGUGCGUGAGCUUUAAAAAAAGAUGCAAAAUCAAAAUAAAACGAUAUAAUUUCUUUGAUGAACUUGUAAAA